GAAGACUGCCUGCAUGCCGGAAUCUGGCAGCCUCAAUCUCAGACCUGCCAGUGCUCCGGGGGACGAGUCGGUCUCCGCUGUGAAAGAUUCGCCGAGAGCUGCAAAGAACUGUUUCAAAUGGGCUACCCCGCGGGCACCAGAAGACCUUACUUCAUCCAGCCACCCGGUCUAGUUUCAUUUUUGGCAUACUGCGCUAACAAUAGUGGUGAAGUAAGGACCGAUGUCUUCUUUCACCCAGCAGAAGGUUUGCUUAGUUUCAACCGUUCUUUCAUCGAUUACGUCACUGGGUUUUACUACAACAUCAGCGACUACUGGAUCGGAUUGGAGAAGGUGUACGUUUUCAAUACUCUCACAGGGCUUACUAACAUCUGUUUGUUUAUUAAGUUCAACGAAAGCGGUUAUUUCCAGUUCCUAUUCAGGGGAGUGACUAUUGGAGAUGCAAGCAGCGAUUAUUCUUUCAACUAUACGAGCGUGAGAUAUAUAGAAUCUGGAGCACUCGCAAACAAUGUGACAGUUUCAAAUUGUCUCCCCGAAAGUGGAAAAGCCACGCCAUUCUCCGCCCACGACAGAGACAACGAUGCUGAGCUGUUGGAAAACUGCGCUGGAAACUCGGGAGCUGGUUGGUGGUUCUCAACGUGUGAGCCUGACCCAGUCUGCAAUCCUCUGGGUGUUCCAAUUAAGCCU